AUGGGUCUUUGUAAAUGCCCUAAGAGGAAGGUCACCAAUUUAUUUUGUUUUGAGCAUAGAGUGAAUGUUUGUGAACACUGCUUAGUUGCAAAUCAUCCAAAGUGUAUUGUACAGUCAUAUCUACAAUGGCUACAAGACAGUGAUUACAAUCCUAUUUGUAAAUUAUGUAAUCAAAGUUUAAAUGGAGAAAAUGCGGGAGAAUGUGUACGCCUAGUGUGUUAUGAUAUUUUUCAUUGGAAAUGCCUCGACCAGUAUGCUAGAAGUUUACCACCUAAUACAGCCCCUGCUGGUUACACCUGUCCAUCAUGUAAUACUGGUAUCUUUCCUCCUGCUAAUAUGGCUUCACCUAUUGCUGAUGUUAUUAAAACAUUCUUAUCUAGAGUUAAUUGGGCCAGAGCAGGACUAGGAAUGCCUUUGAUUGAUGAACCAGAAGCACCAUCACCAAUAAAGAAAAGUGAAACAGGACCAUUAUCCUCUACACCAUUAUCUACACCUAGUCAGACUCGUCCCAGUGCCCAGGUUCCACCAUACAGCAGUACACCAACUUCUGCUCACAGUGUUAUUAAUGUAGAUGCUGGAGCCAGUUCUAGAUCUCAGAGCUUAUUAUCAAAUAAUCCCCGAAAAUUAUUUGAUUCAACAAAAGAAGAUGUCAUGUUUAAUACAUCACAUGAUCAUGAUGAAGAUAAAUAUAAACGUAGACCAGCUUUUAACUGGUUAGCUAAAUGGUUCAAAUCUACAGAAAAAGGCAAACGUAAAGAUCCAAAUGCUGUUAUGAAGAAAUUUAUAGUUGUUUUGGGAAUUGGAAUAAUCUCUUUUAUAACGAUUGUGAUAAUAUUUUCUAAAUUAGGACGUCAAAUGACAGAUGAUGACCCAUCCCUAGAUCCUAUGGCUAAUCCAAACAUUAGGAUU